AGGUGUGUCCCCGUCCCUGUUCCGCCACGGGAGAGAAUCACUGUCGCACGCGGGAAACCUGUGCGAGAUGGCGGUCGACAUAAGGACUGAAUAGAAAUCCCACCGGCUCACAUACAUCUACCGUUACCGUUGAUAGCAUAAUAUCGCCUUGUCGUUUAUAUCUAGAAGUACGCUGCACCAUGGACGGGGGCAAACCCACACUGGCACUGGUUUACCAGGCCGUACAGGCUCUGUAUCACGACCCGGACCCCGCCGGCAAAGAGCGAGCCUCGGUGUGGCUUGGGGAGCUUCAGAGAUCGAUGUAUGCAUGGGAGAUAUCAGACCAGCUCCUUCAGCUGAAGCAGGAUGUGGAGUCCUGUUACUUUGCCGCCCAGACAAUGAAGAUGAAGAUCCAGACAUCGUUCUAUGAGCUCCCACCAGAGACCCACACUGCCCUGCGCGACUCACUCCUGUCUCACAUCCAGAGCCUCAAAGACCUCUCACCCAUCAUCGUCACUCAGCUGGCUCUUGCCAUUGCAGAUCUUGCUCUUCAGAUGGCCUCGUGGAAGGGAUGUGUUCACACGCUUAUUGAAAAGUACAACAACGACGUCAGCUCCAUGACGUUCCUGAUUGAGAUACUGACUGUGCUGCCCGAAGAAGUGCACAGCCGCUCGUUACGCAUCGGAGCCAACCGCAGGACUGAGAUCAUAGAGGACCUGGCCUACUGUUCCAGCACUGUGGUCACACUGCUGACGACAUGUGUGGAGAAGGCGGGGAACGAUGAGAAGAUCCUGAUUAAGGUGUUCCGCUGUCUGGGUAGCUGGUUCAACCUGGGCGUCCUGGACAGCAACUUCAUGGCCAGCAACCAGCUGCUCAUGGUCCUCUUCCAAGUGCUGCAGAGGGACGAGACCUCCACCAACCUGCACGAGGCGGCGUCAGACUGCGUGUGCUCGGCCCUCUACGCCAUCGAGAACGUGGACACCAACAUGGCGCUGGCCCUGCAGCUUUUCCAGGGUGUCCUCACCCUAGAGACGGCCUACCACAUGGCUGUGGCACGGGAGGACCUCGACAAAGUGCUGAAUUACUGCAGGAUCUUCACAGAGCUGUGUGAGACGUUUCUAGAGACGACAGUGAGGAGUCCAGGCCAAGGCAUGGGGGACCUGCGGACGCUAGAGCUGCUGCUAAUCUGUGCGGGACACCCCCAGUAUGAGGUGGUUGAGAUCUCCUUUAACUUCUGGUAUCGUCUUGGAGAGCACCUGUACAAGACCAACGACCCGGCGCUCCACGGCAUCUUCAGACCGUACAUCCAGAGACUGCUGCACGGCCUGGCCCGACACUGUCAGCUGGAUCCCGACCAUGAGGGAAUCCCAGAGGAUACCGAUGACUUUGGGGAGUUUCGGAUGAGGGUCUCUGAUCUAGUCAAGGACGUAAUUUUUCUUGUGGGCUCCAUGGAAUGUUUCUCCCAGCUAUACUCCACUUUAAAGGAAGGGAACCCGCCGUGGGAGGUGACAGAGGCUGUUCUGUUCAUAAUGGCAGCCAUUGCAAAGAGUGUUGACCCUGAGAACAACCCCACCCUGACGGAGGUGUUGGAGCAGAUUGUGCUGCUACCAGAGACGGUGCACAUCGCUGUCCGCUACACCAGCAUUGAGCUAGUGGGGGAGAUGAGCGAGGUGGUGGACAGAAACCCUCGCUUCCUAGAUCCGGUGUUGAACUACCUGAUGAAAGGACUGAGGGAGAAGCCGCUGGCAUCGGUGGCAGCCAAAGCCAUCCACAACAUCUGCUCUGUGUGCAGGGAUCACAUGGCCCAGCACUUCCAAGGCCUGCUGGACAUCGCCCGUGCACUAGACUCUUUUGCCCUCUCUUCAGAAGCAGCUGUUGGCUUGCUCAAAGGUACAGCACUUGUCCUCGCCCGUCUCCCCCUCGAGAAGAUCGCUGAGUGUUUGAGCGACCUGUGUGCAGUGCAAGUCAUGGCCCUGAAAAAGCUUCUCGCUCAGGAUCCUAGCAAUGGAAAAACAGCUGACCCAACCGUCUGGCUGGAUAGACUAGCAGUCAUUUUCCGACACACAAACCCUAUUGUAGAGAAUGGUCAGACACACCCCUGUCAGAAAGUAAUUCAGGAGAUCUGGCCUGUACUCUCAGAGACUUUAAACACACACCAGGCUGACAACCGCAUUGUGGAGCGCUGCUGCCGCUGCCUCAGGUUUGCUGUGCGCUGCGUGGGGAAGGGCUCGGCCUCGCUUCUGCAGCCACUGGUCACACAGAUGGUGAGUGUGUAUCAGGUGUAUCCACACUCCUGCUUCCUAUAUUUGGGAAGCAUCCUGGUAGAUGAGUAUGGCAUGGAGGAUGGCUGCAGACAGGGACUGCUGGACAUGUUACAGGCUCUAUGUAUGCCUACCUUCCAGCUUCUGGAGCAGCCCAAUGGGCUGAGAAACCACCCCGACACUGUGGAUGACCUCUUCAGGCUUGCCACCCGGUUUGUUCAGCGCAGCCCAGUAACUUUGCUCAGUAGUAGCAUCAUUGUUCACAUCAUCCAGUGCGCCAUCGCCGCCACUACACUGGAUCACCGGGACGCCAACUGCAGCGUCAUGAAGUUUGUCCGAGACCUCAUCCACACAGGAGUCACCAAUGACCAUGAGGAUGACUUCGAGGUGCGGAAGCAGCUGAUUGGUCAGGCCAUGGAGCAGCAUGGGCAGCAGCUGGUGACCCAGCUCAUGCACACAUGCUGCUUCUGCUUGCCACCAUACACUCUGCCCGACGUGGCUGAGGUGCUGUGGGAGAUUAUGGUAUUUGACAGGCCGACGUUCUGCCGCUGGCUGGAAAAUGCACUGAAGGGUCUUCCAAAGGAGACGUCAGGAGGAGCAGUGACUGUCACUCACAAACAGCUCACAGACUUCCACAAGCAGGUUACCAGUGCCGAGGAGUGCAAGCAGGUAUGCUGGGCCAUCCGGGAGUUCACCAGAUUGUUCCGAUAGCCGGGUCCUUGAGAGCUCCGCCACACCGCCAGGUUAAAUCUUUUGUUGGCCAACAUUCAGAGGUGACGGCAAAAAUGCUGAGGACUGCAGAUGAGGAUCUAAAGGGAACUUAACUGGAAGGAUGGACGGACGGACUUGCCGAUUGUGAGAAGCCAAAUGGGAUACAAGUCUGGAAUUGGAGUGACAGGGUGAAAAGACAUUGCAUAGACUGAGAGCAGUCGUCCAUCUCCCUGCCCCUACCCUGAACCCCCACCCCCUCAGCUCCCUGGAGGCCCCCCUGCCUCAACGACACCCGGGUUGACAGCGUGGGACAGAGUCGGGCCCAAGGAGGAGUGAAUGUUCACCGACUAAGUGAACUGAAAUGGAUUAGUUCUGCGUCAGCCGGAUUUCUACAUGAUCCAUCAUCAAAAAAGAGCAACAACAAAUGAAAACAAAAAACAAAGGAUGUGCCUGGUUGCAAGUCAUAAUGCAUCAAAAGACAUUUGAGUUUUUAAGAAAAAGAGAAAUGAUUUAUUUUCAUGGACGUGUCUUUAGAACUUUAUCACGGUCUUGCUGUCUGUGCCAUAACGAAGAGUCAAUAGCAAACCCAUGAUGCUCUUCACUGAAUGGCUGCCAGUGCCUGUGGGAGGCAUUUAGAUGGUAGAGGCUUAAUGCUUGGAAGAUUUGGCGUCACCUUUGACCUUUUUAACAUUUUGGCUGGAAUUUUAGUUAUAUUUUGCCAGAAAGUGAGAGCUGUGACAGAUUGUGUGACCUCUGGCAAACAAAACAACUUUGUUCUUCCAACUGGUAUCGUCCUCACUUGGGAGAAACAGACACCACAACAUCAUGGAUGAUGUAGCCUUGUUGUAAACAAUAAAAAAAAAAAAAAACGAGAAGAACAAACCUGCACUUGCUAUCAUAAUUUUG